AUGACAGAAAAUCAAACGAAGUUUGCAUAUGAACUAGUUUCUGAGAUCAGCAUACGUAUCCCUUCUGCUCAGAAGCACACUUGCCGCAUCUGUUUCGAUGAUGAUCUCGAAGAUGAUCAGAUGUUCUCUGUCGCUUUAUGUGGUCAUCAAUUCUGCAUGGAGUGCAUGAAACGGUAUAGAAGAGGGACUACUCGAGGGAAGUGCACUGGAUGUCCCCAUUAUCAAUGCGAGUCUAAGCUAACUCCUAAAAGCUGUGUCAAUCUUUUGACACCUAAACUAAGAGAGAUGUGGGAACGAAGGAUCGAAGAGGAAUCGGUUCCUGUGGCAGACAGAGUUUACUGCCCAAAUCCGAGGUGCUCGGAACUAAUGCCGAGCUCUCUAAAUCUACUGAUCAAGAAGAUGGAUCUAUGA